AUGGAACCAUCAAAUACUACACGAAGUUUUGUGGUACAGCUGUCCAAAUUAGUGACGGCAUGGUUCAUGUCAGAGUCUGGUCUGAUCGACACCUUCAUCAUGAUGGGAGACAAGCCUGCUGAUGUCUUCCGUCAGUACACCAGGCUCACAGGCGCCGCUCCUCUACCGCCGAAAUUCUCGCUGGCCUACCACCAGUGCCGCUGGAACUACGUCGACGAGGCAGACGUGCGUGGCGUCGACGAGAACUUUGACGUCCACGACAUACCAGCUGACGUCAUCUGGCUGGAUAUCGAGUACACCGACCGCAAGAAGUACUUCACAUGGGACGCGCAAAAGUUUCCGCACCCAGCUGAAAUGGUGGCCAAUUUAACAGCCAAAGGACGCCGUCUGGUGGCCAUCAUCGACCCUCAUAUCAAGCGUGAAGCCGGAUACUUCUUGCACGAAGACGCCACCUCGCAAGGACUCUACGUUAAGGACAAGGACGGCAAGGACUACGAAGGUACGUUAGGACUGGGAGGGUACACACGGCAAGGACUACGAGGGUACGUUAGGACUGGGAAGGUACACACGGCAAGGACUACGAAU